AUGGCGGACGGUGCAGAAGAGAUUGAACAAUUGUACAGAGAAAAGAUUGAACAAUUGUACGGAGAAGGUAGCCAUUACAGUCUCCCUACUGAGAAUCUUCCUUCUCUCGGUGCAAGAAGCAAACGUAGAUUCAAGAUCCGCCGAUUCAUUGUAUCGCCAUAUGAUCGCCGUUAUAGGGCAUGGAAGAAUUUUCUUGUCGUUCUGGUUCUAUAUAGUGCUUUUGUGAUUCCAUUCGAAUUCGGGUUUCUCGAAGACCCAGCACGCCUACUCUCCAUCACUGAUAAUGUUGUCAAUGGAUUCUUUGCCAUUGACAUUGUUCUCACCUUCUUUGUAGCUUUCCACGAUAGAGCUACCUACCUUCUUGUCGAUGAGCCAAAGAAGAUUGCUUGGAAGUACGCAAGAACUUGGUUUGUAUUUGAUGUCGUAUCCAUAAUCCCUCCUGACCUUGCUAGGAAUAUUUUCCCAUAUUUUCUCCGGAUUUAUGGCUUAUUCAAUAUGCUUAGACUCUGGCGCAGAGUUAGUGCCUUUUUUGCCAGAUUGGAAAAAGAUAGCAACUUCAACUAUUUUUGGGUUCGAUGCGCUGAGCUCACUUGUGUCACAUUAUUUGCAGUGCACUGUGCUGGGUGCUUUUAUUAUUUUCUUGCGGCUCACUACCCUGAUCCAAGCAGGACAUGGAUGGGGGCAUCUAUGACUGACUUCCUUCACCAGAGCCUGUGGACUCGAUAUGCCACUUCCAUAUACAUGUCCAUCAGCACCCUUACAACUGUUGGACAUGGAGAUUUUCAUGCUAAGAAUACAACUGAAAUGAUCUUUUCCAUUUUCUACAUGCUCUUCAACCUUGGAUUGAAAGUUUAUGUAAUAGGACACAUGACAAAUUUGGUCCUCCAUGGUACCAUUAGAACAGGACAAUUUAGGGAUACUAUUCAAGCAGCCUCAAGUUUUGGACAAAGAAAUCAAUUGCCUGUUCACUUGCAAGAUCAGAUAAUUGCACACUUGUGUCUGAAGUUCAGAACAGAUUUGGAGGGGCUGCAGCAGCAAGAGACUCUUGAUUCACUUCCUAAAGCAAUCCAGUCGAGCAUCUCACGUUUUAAAUUCUCCUCUCUUGUGGAUAAGGUGUACUUGUUUCGUGGGGUCUCCAAUGACUUGAUUUUCCAACUGGCUUCUGAGAUGAAAGCUGAGUACUUUCUCCCCCAGGAAGAUGUCAUUUUGCAGCAUGAAACACCCACAGAUUUCUACAUACUUGUUACAGGAGCUGUGGAUCUGCUGGUUCUCGAAAAUGGCGCUGAACAGGUUGUUGGAGAGGCUAAAACAGGUGAUCUCUGUGGUGAGAUUGGGGUUCUUUGCUACAGGCCCCAGCUCUUUACAGUGCGGACCAAACAAUUGAGCCAACUGCUUCGACUGAACCGCACAACAUUCUUGAAUAUUAUUCUGGCAAAUGUUGGAGAUGGGACCAUCAUCAUGAACAAUCUCCUUCAGCAUUUGAAGGAGUCGACAGACCCUGUUCUGGAGGGAGUAUUGUUGGAGGUGGAAAACAUGCUCGCUCGUGGUAGAAUGGACCUAACCCGAGGCGGAUCCAAUCUCGUCCCAACGCCAGAGGAAUCCACUAUUUCCAACAACAUCCUUCAAUAG